CGAGGAGGAAUGAGCGCUGCUCUCGGCUUCGGCGCUUUUGGAUUUUAAUUCGACUGUAACACCUUCAAACUUCGCCUCAUCACACCAUAACUCCGCCAGGCUUCUUGUACAUUUCGGUAGAGUUUUAACACGUUAGGCUGCAUCAGUGAGGAACACGGGCAUGGAUCUGAGACCGGAGCUUCCCACAGCCUCCUCGUCCUCCCAAGUCCACCCCGGGGCGGCAGCGGCGGCCGCAGCAGCCUCCAUCCCGGUGUCCAUGGCCAGCAAUCUCCUGCGCGGCCCUCCGCUCCUCCUGCGCGCCACAGAGAAGUACCCCCGCACCCCGAAGUGUGCCCGCUGCAGGAACCACGGCGUGGUGUCCGCACUCAAGGGCCACAAGCGCUACUGUCGCUGGAAGGACUGUAUGUGCGCCAAGUGCACCCUGAUCGCCGAGAGGCAGCGGGUGAUGGCGGCGCAGGUGGCGCUGAGAAGGCAGCAGGCGCAGGAAGAGAACGAAGCCCGGGAGCUGCAGCUACUCUACGGGACGGCGGAGGGACUCGCCCUGGCUGCCGCCAACGGCAUCAUCCCGCCCCGGCAGAACUACGAGGUGUUCGGCUCCGUCAACAGCGAGACCAGCUCAGAUUCAAGCAUCCAGAAAUACGAGCUGUUUCCUAAGAGCCAGCUGUCCGCCGCCACCCCUCAGCAGACUGUGGGGAAGCCGGUGUCCACAGACGGCGACUCGGCACCGGGCAUCUCCUCCCCAGAUGGCCGACAUGCAGGCUCCGGCUCGGAGAACGGAGACAGCGAGUCAUUCAUCAGCUCGCCGGUCUCCAAGCCCCUGAAAGACGGCGAGGAGACUCCGGGCUCUGUCAGCCCGCUUGGCUCCGAUACCGGAUCUGAGACCGACAAAGACGAGCAGGAGCCCUCCCCGUCCUCCACGGCCUCCAGGCACAUGAACGCCAUCGACAUCUUGACCCGGGUGUUCCCCAGCCAUAAGCGGAGCGUCCUGGAGCUGGUCCUGCAGGGCUGCGGCAAGGAUGUGGUGCAGGCCAUCGAGCAGAUCCUCAACAACAGCGGCGCCCAGGGCCCCAACAAGGCCGGCUCAGAGGAGACGUGGACGGCCGAACGGAUGCUCCAAAAUGCCCACCAGCCUGCGCUCUCCUCCUCAGCCACGUCCACCCCCACCAGGCCCAUGUUACCCGGGGCCAUGACGCUGAGUAACCGCUCUGCAUUUUCCCCGCUCCAGCCAAACGCACCGCACUUCGGCGCCGACCCCAGCACCUACCCGCUGGGCACCCACCUGGGACUCAACCCGCUGCGGCUGGCCUACUCGGCGCACAGCCGGGGACUAGCUUUCAUGACGCCCUACUCCACCACCGGGUUGAUGCCCACUCUGGGCUUCAGACCGCCGAUGGACUACGCCUUCAGCGACCUGAUAAGGGACAGGACAAUGCUGCACAAGGAGCAGGGCUAUGCCAGCGGCCUGUACGGCCCUCUGGUCAACAACACGCCGGACAAACAGUGAGGCGACCCCCUGAGCCUGGACUCACCCUGCACAGACACACAUUCCCACCCAAAUGAACAUUGUAUUUGUAGCCACAAGUGUUGAAUGUUCACGAGAAUUUCUGUGAUGUGUUUUGGCUACGGGCUGCUGUAAAUAAUAGGCUUAUUAUCUGGCUUGUAGUCAAAUGGUCUGAGAGGGAAACUAAACUCACUUAGCCUACGUGUAAUUUUCAGAAUUAAUUUUAUAUGUAUAAAGUUGUUGACGAUAUCCCCCUUGCCAAUUUAUGAACCCGAAUAUAACUUAUGUCCUCGGUAAAAUUAGCCUAUGUGAAACUUAAAAGCUAUUUGUGGCAUAGUUUCCAAAAAUAAAUCAAGAUGAAGCUGGUCAAGAAA